CACACACACACACACAAACAAACACACACACACAGACUCACUUACAGCCCGCAGACUCACCUGGACUCUGUCCGCUCACCUUAGUGCUCGCGGCUGCAGCUGUCAGCUGGUCGUGACGUAGCUGUUUACCUGCCGGAGAGCAGCUGUAAGCCGUUAGCUCCGAGGCUAACAGAACUCCACUCAGAAAACAUCUGAUUUAGUUUCUUCAGGUUCAGUUUUUAUCCUACGGUGUCUGGCCCCUCCCACCUCCCUGCGUUGCCAUGGCGACCUUCCCGGAGUACAUCUCUCAGAACGAGGAUCGUGAUGGCGUGCGGUUCAGCUGGAACGUCUGGCCGUCCAGCCGGCUGGAGGCGACCCGCAUGGUUGUCCCCGUGGCAACGCUCUUCACGCCGCUCAGGGAGCGACCCGACCUGCCGCCGAUCCAGUACGAACCGGUUCUCUGCAGCCGAGCAACCUGCCGCGCCGUGCUGAACCCACUGUGUCAGGUGGACUACAGAGCCAAACUGUGGGCCUGUAACUUCUGCUACCAGAGGAACCAGUUUCCUCCUUCGUACGCUGGAAUCUCUGAAGUGAACCAACCAGCUGAACUACUGCCUCAGUUCUCCACCAUAGAGUACGUCGUCCAGCGGGGUCCUCAGAUGCCGCUGGUCUUCCUGUACGUGGUGGACACCUGUAUGGAGGACGAGGACCUGCAGGCCCUGAAGGAGUCCCUGCAGAUGUCCCUGUCUCUGCUGCCCCCCACCGCGCUGGUCGGCCUCAUCACCUUCGGCCGAAUGGUUCAGGUCCAUGAGCUUGGCUGCGAGGGAAUCUCCAAGAGCUACGUCUUCAGGGGGACCAAAGACCUGAACGCCAAGCAGCUGCAGGAGAUGCUCGGUCUGACCAAGCCUGCAGCCGCUCAGGGACGAGGACCGCAACAGACCCAGCCGCCGCUGUCCAACAGGUUCCUGCAGCCGGUGCAGAAGAUUGACAUGAACCUGACCGACCUGCUGGGGGAGCUGCAGCGCGACCCAUGGCCCGUCACGCAAGGCAAGAGGCCGCUGCGUUCGCUGGGCGUGGCCAUGUCCAUCGCUGUGGGCCUGCUGGAGUGCACCUUCCCCAACACCGGCGCCCGGGUCAUGACCUUCAUCGGCGGCCCAGCCACGCAGGGACCCGGCAUGGUGGUUGGAGACGAGCUGAAGACCCCCAUCAGGUCCUGGCACGACCUGGAGAAGGACAACGCCAAGUUCAUGAAGAAGGCCACCAAGCACUAUGAGUCUUUGGCUAACAGAGCGUCCACUAACGGACACAUCAUAGAUAUCUAUGCCUGCGCUCUGGAUCAGACCGGACUGCUGGAGAUGAAGUGCUGCGCCAACUACACCGGGGGCUACAUGGUGAUGGCGGACUCCUUCAACACGUCUCUGUUCAAACAAACUUUCCAGAGAGUUUUCACCAAAGACGUGCAGGGAUCCUUCAAGAUGGCCUUCGCUGCCACGCUGGAGGUCAAGACGUCCAGAGAGAUCAAAAUUUCUGGAGCGAUUGGACCCUGCGUGUCUCUGAACGCUAAAGGACCCUGUGUCUCUGAGAACGAGAUUGGAACAGGAGGGACGUGUCAGUGGAAGAUCUGCGGUUUGGAUCCGACCACGACGCUGGCGCUUUACUACGAGGUUGUUAACCAGCACAACGCUCCCAUCCCUCAGGGCGGCCGCGGGGCGAUCCAGUUCGUCACUCAGUACCAACACGCAUCAGGACAGAGACGCAUCAGAGUCACCACCACCGCCAGGAACUGGGCAGAUGCUCAGACUCAGAUACAGAACAUCGCGGCGUCCUUCGACCAGGAGGCGGCAGCUAUCCUGAUGGCGAGGCUGGCGGUGUACCGGGCAGAGACGGAGGAGGGUCCUGAUGUCCUCAGAUGGUUGGACAGACAGCUCAUCAGACUGUGUCAGAAGUUUGGAGAUUAUCACAAAGACGAUCCAAACUCCUUCAGGUUCUCUGAGACCUUCUCCCUGUACCCCCAGUUCAUGUUCCACUUGCGGCGCUCUCCGUUCCUGCAGGUGUUCAACAACAGUCCAGAUGAGAGUUCUUAUUACAGACAUCAGUUCAACAGACAGGACCUGACACAGGCUCUCAUCAUGAUCCAACCUGUGCUCUACGCUUACUCAUUCAAUGGACCACCUGAGCCGGUCCUGUUGGACAGCAGCAGCAUCCUGCCUGACAGAAUCCUGCUGAUGGACACUUUCUUCCAGAUUCUCAUCUACCACGGAGAGACUGUGGCUCAGUGGAGGAAGGCUGGUUAUCAGGAGAUGGCCGAGUAUGAAAACUUCAGACACCUCCUUCAGGCUCCGGUGGACGACGCUCAGGAGCUGCUGCAGACUCGCUUCCCAAUGCCCAGAUACAUCGACACAGAGCACGGAGGCAGCCAGGCUCGCUUCCUGUUGUCCAAAGUGAAUCCUUCUCAGACCCACAACAACAUGUACGCCUGGGGACAGGAGUCUGGAGCUCCCAUCCUGACGGACGACGUCAGCCUGCAGGUGUUCAUGGAUCACCUGAAGAAACUGGCCGUGUCCAGCGCCGCCUGAGCUCACCUGCUGCCUCACCUGUCUGCCAUAUCUUUAUAUCUGCUGCCUGGCUUCCAGUGACAACCUGUCCAUCAAUUAAAUAACAAGCAUGUCAACCCUGUACACAAACUUUACAUUACAACAGAAACUUUACAUCACAUAUAGAAACUUUACAUCACAACAGAAACUUUACAUCACAUACAGAAACUUAACAUCAUCAACAGAAACUUUACAUCACAUACAGAAACUUUACAUCACCUACAGAAACUUUACAUCACAGGUUAAUAUUUUAGAAAUUAGAAUAGUUUUUAUGAUACAUUAUAUUUUUCAGAUGAUUUCAUCUUGUAAGAUAUUCUCGUUGCAACAUUUAAAAAUGAUCCAGUGAAUAAACAAUAAAGUACUUGAAGGUAAACUUCUAUAAGGUAUUAGAAUCUACAAGAAUCCAACACAUUAAAACAUCAAGUCUACUUUAAUUAUUUUAUUAUAAUCAUUAUUAUGAAGUCAUGCAGCAGACUGACUGCAGUGAUGAAGUUUCCAACUGAUAUAAAUGCUUCUGGGAACAGGAUGAAGAUGUUUCAUGUCGUCAGGGACAGAAAAUAUAAAAUGUGUCUUUAUAUGAUGAUACGUUCCUCUGUAAGGUCUGAUGUGACAUUACAUCCUCUCUGUUUACGACUGGUCAGAAAAUCAACAAGAACAAGUAAACGACACAGUGUGGUGAUGAUCUGAACUCUGUGAUCAGACUUAUAGAAACAUUGUUUGUUAAUGAUUCUGCUCUGUUGUUGAGUUUCUCUUUCAGCUGUUGAACACUAAAAGUCCUGCAGAAGGAACACACGUUCAGUGUUUAUUGGUUCUUUAUUCUCAUGUUUCUAAUAAAACUGUGGAGAUGA